AUGUCAGAUAAUGCGGGCUACGCAUGGUGUGUCGGUACCUCUGAAACUUUUAGGCACUACCUAUUUGAUUGCCCAACAAUAAGAGACUUAUGCGUUGAGCUUGACUGCGAGGACAUGAUGUGGAAGGAGGAGGAGAGCUUCUUGGAGGUGAUAGUGUCUUGGAAGAGUGUUGAUGAUAAGACACGACAAAGGGGAGCCGUGCUACUAUUGUAUAUAUGGGGGAGGAGGAAUGAUAAAAUAUUCAAUGCAAAAGAGCCUUGUCAAAGCCCAGAGAAGUGGGUAGCUCCUCCAGAUGAUUUCGUUAAAAUUAAUUGUGAUGCGGCAUUACAUGUUGAGGGGUGGACAGGCAUGGGGGAUGUUGCUAGAGAUGCUCAUGGCCAAGUGAAAUUUGCGGCUUCGAGGAGAGUAAGGAGCCACUGGGAGCCCCUCAUCGCUGAGGGCAAAGCAAUGUUAAUGGUUGUUAGGUUAGCAAAGAGGUAUGGCUACAAGAAAGUGAUCAUGGAAUCCGAUAGCUUGGCCCUCGUCUCGCGCCUUUCGAAGGCCUUGGUGCACGCUGCUGAAUUAGGCUCCAUUUUAUUGGACUUAUUUUGA